AAGGAAUGUCGAUCUCGGCGGCCAUAUUGAAAGGGGUUGUAGACGAGCGGGGAGGCUUUGAUCUCAGACUUGGUCUUAUUGAGAAGCAGAUCGAGUUUGAAAUGCUGGGGAUUGUUUUGUGCGCAACACCAGAUGCUUUAAUUCUAGGGAUUAAUUGUUUGGUUUUUGGAAUUUUUGAAAGGAUGAGAUUAGAUUUUGCAAUUACUUGACAAAAAUGACAAGGUAGUCUUUCUAAGGUCUCUUCUUGGUUUAUUGCCAUUAUUUGGACCGAGCCCAAACCUAGCGUGGCGACAUCAAGAGUUCCGACACCGUGAUGUCUCGCAUCGCCGGCCACACCUCGUAUUGCCAGCUUCACCACUCAGAUGUCUUCGGCUAUACGUGGCAGCAAAAACAACUGAGGAAGUUCCGAAUGUUCGUUGUUAUGGAAACAUAAGGUGAUGGAGCUGAAUCUCGACAACUGCAGAAUAAAUUGUGACGAUGAACUCGAGGUGUUGACGUCCAACUUCACAGCCUUAGAGUCACUCAGCAUGAUCAACUCGAACAUUAGUUCCCUAGAACAAUUCCCGGAGCUGCCUUGCCUAAGAAAGCUCGAACUGAGUGACAACAGAAUAUCAGGAGGAUUAGAAAAACUUAAAGGUUGCGCAAAGCUGUCACAGCUUAGUUUAAGCGGAAACAAAAUCAAAGAUUUUUCCGAUUUGGAAGCCUUGAAAAGUUUAAAAAAUUUGAAAAGUUUGGAUCUUUUCAAUUGCGAAGUAACAAAUCAUGAAGAGUACAGAGUGAAAGUCUUUGAAAUUCUGGAACAAAUCACAUAUCUGGACGGGUUUGAUCGGGAAGACAAUGAAGCUGAAGAGGAAGACGACGAUAUUGAUGAUGGUGACGUAGAUGAAGACGAGGAUGAUGAUGAUGAUGAUGAUGACGAUGAUGAGGGAGAGGAUGAGGAUGGUGUGGAAGAGGUUGGUCUAGAUUACUUGACCAAGGAGAACCUUGACGAUGAAGAUGAUGAAGACGACGAAUUCGACGCUGAGGGUGAUGAAGAUGAUGAAGUUGUUGAGGAAGGAGUAGAAGUAGAUGAGGAUGACGAUGAUGAUGAUGAUGAUGAUGAUGAGGAAGAAGAAGAAGAUCAACAAGUUCGCGGUCAGAAACGAAAACACGAAGAGGAGGAAGAGGAGGCGUAGAAGAUGUGUGUGUGUGGUCACCUGAAGUGACCGGCUGUGUGUUGAACUUUGAACUUUAGCCGGGCAGGCGGUUGUUGCAGACAAUACACGCUGGGUACACCCUUGGUCUUUGUCUAAAGCUCAUAUUGAACGUAAUGGAAAUCCUUACACCAAGUGCUACUCAGAGAAGUCUUAAAGACGACACUGUUGCACGUUUCCCAUUCAACUCUAGUAGAAUGAAGAAAUUUUUAUUCAUUGAAAUCUGCUUUUUGAAUCACUUAAUGAAAAGGUCAGGACAGAUCUGAAGUUUGAUAGUGUAUUAUUAACAUGUAAUCACGUUGAAAAAACCCCAAUGUCUCGGAGCAGCUUUGAGUCUGAAGUCGUUCGGAACUCUUCCAAGUCCCCACCCCAGCGGUCUGUGAAAACUUCACUGUAUAUAGACAUUACUCAUUGAUGCCCGAAGACCGGAUAUCACCAUAUACUAUCACAAGCCAGCAGACUGAAGGAAUUUGUGUGAAAGGGCCCUUUUGUGGCUAUCAAAUCGAUCGUCCAUUCAUACUUGCUCUCGGGUUAAUAUAGCGGCUAGAUUCUCAUUUCCUGCCUACCGAUUCCUUGUUGAGCCCUGGUUAUGCUCAGUGGUUGAGUUAUAAUUUCUUCAUUUUUCAUUUGUACGACUACUGCUAAACCAGAUAAUUUUGGGCAGCAUUUUGUAAAUGCUGUCAGAUUUGUAUUAAAAGGUUGUGACCUUAAUUGUAAGAAUCAAAACUGGCAGUGUAAUUAGUGUAAAUUUCUUGUCACCUGGAGGCUUAUGUCUACUUGUAAAUGUUUAAAUUGUACAUUCAUUCUCUUUUAUCUGUAAUUAGUUCACAGCGAUUUAUUUCCUAAAAGUGUAACAGGUAGUUUAAACAUUUACAUGUAUUCACAGUGCGAUCAUUGAUAUUUCGACAUUAGAUGAUCUUCCCACGUUUCUUUGAAAUUAAGACCAAGGCUAACACUUAAGAGAAAAUGAUCUAAAAAUUAUCAAUUUUUGCUAAGGAGGGCAUUAUGAUGAAUAGAUCCGUGGGAAAUCUUACGAAAAUGUGGUCAUGUUCCUGUGCAGAUUACGUAAUCAUGUCAUUUCAUCAUGUUUCAUCGAUCUUUAUUUUCAUGCAGACAUCCCAUUUUGCAAAUUGUAAUGGUUGUCUUGUUACAUACAGCUCUUAGGGGCGGUGGGGUAGCCUAGUGGUUAAAGCGUUGGCUCGUCACGCCAAAGACCUGGGUUCGAUUCCCCACAUGGGCACAAUGUGUGAAGCCCAUUUCUGGAGUCCCCGCCGUGAUAUUGCUGGAAUAUUGCUAAAAGCGGCGUAAAACUAAACUCAGUCGGUCAGACAUAUAGCAUCAACAGCAUCUACCUGAGCUGUUGAGAGAAGUGGGAUUCAUAUGGUGGCGAGUUGUUUGUAUCGAGACGAUACAAGUCACAGGAACAUAGCUGAACAUUAAGGCAGACUUGUUAUUCUUUGUUGCUGCAAUAAAUUUUUAUAGAAUAAA